AUGAAUACCGUUUCAAAUUUAUUAGCAGCAGUUCUUUUGGUUAAUUUAAAACGAUCGAGUCGUAAAGUUGAAUGUCCUUUCGCUAAACUGAAGAGUGCAAAGUCUUCAUCAAGUUAUCGAACGCCAAAAUGUCCAUUUUCUUCAAAGCAGUCAUCUCCAGAGAAAUCGUACAAAUUCAUAAAUACAUGUGAAGAAAGCAGUGACAUGUCCAGCUUCAUCACACUAUUUGGUUCCAUUGUGGAAGAAAUUUUUAUACAGGUGAAAACGUUGAUGGAUAUUAUGCCAAUCGCACUAGAUAACAUAAAAAAUCAAGCAAUUUUAAUACCUGGAUUGAUUGAAGAUGUUGAAAUAACUUCGAAUAGUUGUGCUAGAACUCAAAAAGACCUUUCUGGGUUUUUUGAUUUUUUUGGCAAUAUUUUCAAAUUUUCUAAACCAGAAUCGGAUAACUAUGAAACAGAAGAUGUUGACGUAAGUGGCUGUUUAGAAAAAAUUAAAGGGCAUUUAAUGAAAUUCCUUGGAUUUUUAAAACCAUGCAUGAAAAGUUCUGGAGGUGUAUCUGUUGAAAGAAUCUCAAAAAUUGAAACACUUCUUGAGCAUCUUUCACCAUCUAAAUUUAAAACUUUAUCACCAGUAUGUGUGUCACCACCGAGAAUAUUUAAGUAUCCAUCUCUGGUUCAUAAGCAUUCAGGUUCUAGUUUCGGCACCUGCGACGAAAGUGUAUCAGUGACUGACCAAAUCUAUAGGUUACGAGAAUUAUCUACUUUCAUGGAUCAAUUCCCAACAAUCAUCAACGAAAUGAUGGAGGCAAUAAGAGGUGUAUCACAGAAUCAUGUCCAAGUUAAAGAAGUUUAUCCAAUUCCGCCAAGCCAUUCAACUUUGGAUUAUUCGCAUCGUGCUUCCUAUAAACCAUGUAGUACUAAACCUGGUUCGACGGAAGUGCAUACUUAUUAUAAACGACCAACCGUUGACAUUGUUGAACCACCAAGGAUUUACCAAAUCCCAGCAAGAACUCCGAUUUCAUCUUGCACAGGACAAAGUAUAAUUAAUGAAAUUGCAAUGAAAACGGCAUCUGAUGGUAGGAAUUUCAACAUCGAUGCAUCAAGCAUUUCAAACAUGGAUCUAUCAAAUACUAAAGUAACCCUUGAUAGAUCCACUGUUAAAUCCAUGCUUUAUGAGGAUAAUCUUAAUGCCGGGGAUGUUAUAAUUAUCAAUAUUACUAAUGAUAUUAUGCUUGUCGGAGCACCUUUUGAUGACGUUUCUCCUAUAAUGUUCAAUAUUGUAUAUCGAAAAGUUUCCAACAAAUCACCCUACAAUUAUAAAACGACAAUAUGGAACCUCGCCAGUCAAGAUUUUUCCUGUAAUCAGCAAAUAUUCAAUGAUAUAUUAUCCGAUUUAACAGUUUUAUCUACUUAUUAA